UUCAUCCUAUUACUCAAUUUUUUCCACUAUGACCGUCAUGAAAUUUCUUAUUGUUCCUCUUGUUUUGGUUGCUUUCUCGUGUAACAUAUGUGAGAGCUUUGAAUUGGAAAGAAAGGAUUUUGAAUCUGAAAAGAGUCUAAUGCAACUCUACAAGAGAUGGAGUAGCCACCAUAGAAUCUCAAGGAAUGCGAAUGAGAUGCACAACCGUUUUAAGGUGUUCAAAAAUAAUGCAAAACAUGUGUUCAAAGUGAAUCUAAUGGGAAAGUCAUUAAAAUUGAAGCUCAACCAAUUUGCUGAUAUGUCUGAUGAUGAGUUUAGGAACAUGUAUAGUUCCAAUAUUACUUACUACAAAGACUUACAUGCCAAGAAAAUAGAAGCUACCGGUGGUCGUAUAGGUGGAUUCAUGUAUGAACAUGCAAAUAAUAUUCCAUCUUCUAUAGAUUGGAGGAAAAAAGGAGCUGUGAAUGCCAUAAAAAAUCAAGGCAGAUGUGGAAGUUGUUGGGCAUUUGCUGCUGUGGCUGCAGUGGAAUCUAUUCACCAAAUAAAAACAAAUGAGUUAGUAUCUCUUUCAGAGGAAGAGGUGUUGGAUUGUGAUUAUAGAGACGGUGGUUGUCGUGGAGGAUUCUAUAACUCCGCAUUUGAGUUCAUGAUGGAUAACGAUGGGGUUACAAUUGAGGAUAACUAUCCGUAUUACGAAGGAAAUGGAUAUUGUCGUAGACGAGGAGGCCGCAAUAAGAGGGUGAGAAUUGAUGGAUACGAGAAUGUACCUCGAAACAAUGAGUAUGCUUUGAUGAAAGCAGUGGCACACCAACCGGUAGCAGUGGCCAUAGCGUCAGGUGGAAGUGACUUUAAAUUUUACGGUGGUGGAAUGUUUACGGAAAAUGACUUUUGUGGAUUUAACAUUGAUCACACGGUAGUGGUAGUUGGGUAUGGAACGGAUGAAGAUGGAGAUUAUUGGAUAAUAAGGAACCAAUAUGGACAUAGGUGGGGAAUGAAUGGUUAUAUGAAGAUGCAGCGAGGAGCACAUUCUCCACAAGGUGUAUGUGGAAUGGCAAUGCAACCUGCCUAUCCCGUCAAGUACUAGAAUUCCUCCUUUUAAUUUAGCCUCUCAAUAGAAUUGAGGUAGCUAGCUACGUUUUUAUUCAUUUGCUAAUUUUGAAAAUAAUGCAUUUUUGCUUUUUCGUCAUCAGUGUAGCAAUUCAUAUAUAAAUGAAUAACGUAUUGAUAUUUGAUUA